AUGUCUCCUCCACCUCCCCCACUGCUCUUUGAAGAUCCCUGGAAGACAUUGACAAUAAGGCUGGAUGGAGAUGACAGUCAUCUCAUUGGAAAGGUGAAUCCAGUAGACAAGAGACGGCCUUGUUUGGAGCUUGUCGAGGAGCAGGUUGUGUCUUUGAUGGGAUGGAAGGUCAAAACGACACUGGCAUUGUCUUACCUGGGCCGUAUGAGUGAUCAUUAUCCCGGCAGGUCUCUCGAUUUGUGA